AUGAAUCGUCUCAUCGAGUACGGUAGUGUCGAGGCUAUUCCAUACUACAAUUGCUCCUGGAAGUCCUUCGAAGAAUGGGAGGCAACUGGAGUCAAACGUCCAUGGCUUGGAAACCCAUUGCUUAUUUUUGGAACUUGCAUUGAGUUGAUCUACUUGCCUAUUGUCUACAUCAUUUUCAAGACCAACUUAAUCAAACAUGCCUGCUAUAAAAUCAUUGUCGUACUCAUCUCAAUUGAUAUGAGUGCCACGUGUUGCAGUUGUUUGAUUACUGGACCACUGCUUAUUCUUGGAUCGGUUUUCUGUAUGUACCCGACGUUCACUUAUUUGGCUGGUGGGAUUGCGCUGGUAACAUGGUGCAUGGCGUGUGCCGCUACCGUAUCCCUGUUUGCCAACCGUGUCAUAAGUAUUGCAUUCCGUGAGUAUGCAGAUGCUAUCGAGAAGAAACUCGCCUACUCCUCCAUCGUCUUCAUUUUCUCUUAUGGAUCUUUUAUGUAUGUUUUCACACCGACAGUAUGCUACAAUUCUGCUAUAAUGGCAUGGAUCGCAAGUCCUUUGUCGGAGGAAUUUCCAAGUACAGCAGCGGAUAAAAUGUACGAGAACCCAAUCCAAUCCUAUAAUAACUGGAUCUUCCUUGCUUGUAUUUUCACAUUGUUCUCUAUUUAUUUCUUCAUGGUCAAAAAAUUGGCACAAGGACAAAAAUCAAAGGCAUCGAGAGCGAUCUUCAUUCAAUGCUCUAUCAUCUGUUUCUGGAAUACGGGAGUUGCUCUUGUCUACAAUGCUCUUGUCUAUGUCACCCCGUCCCCACCAGUUCUCAUAUUCGCACAAAUAUGUUGGGCAUUUAAUCACGCAUGUCCAGCUGUCAUUUAUAUGACAAUGAAUAGCACAAUCAGAAGGGAAUACAAGAAGAUUGUGUUUGGAGUAUUGUCACAGAAAGUCGAAGAUGGCAGCACCGUCAAAACUGUUUCACAAUCAAGAAUCUGA